AUGAUUUUUGGAGGCCUUCAGAACCGCUCCAAGCGAUUUGACGAUGUGGAGUCGGAGGUUCCCGGUCCAGGAGCCUACACUUUGCAUCCUACCUCAGAAAAGAAGCUCCUGGGGAUGACGACUAAAGUUGGACAUCAUGAGAAGCCUGGCAGGAGUAUGGCGAAAAGUCCCCGACUGGCGCGUCAUUCAGAUAUCCCAUCUAUUCCUUCCCCGGGCCAGGCCUAUGGCUACGAGGAGGAUGCCCUGGGUGUGCUCCGAAAGCAACAGCCUCCUCCAAAGGACACAACCCUGGGGCCAGCCUACUACACACCUCUGCUGUCUGAGAUGAGCACUGUGCAGAAAUAUAAAGGAAUCCACUUUGGCAACAUGACAGGGAGGAGAGAGGACGUGACGGUGGACGAGGGACCGGGUCCGGGACAUUAUUAUCCUGAGAUAGUGCCAGAAACACACUAUGAGAAUGUGAACCUUCAAAGAGACCGCAGAGGGAGAGCGGAGCUUGUUAUCCCUCGCUACCACGAGCUGGUUCCCAUUCAAGAGGAAAAGAGGGGAGUUCCUGGUCCAGGCCUGUAUCAAAUCAAAAGCCAAUUUGAGAAGCCUGACAAGUCCAGUGGAAAUGUGCCCAAGUUCACCCGUCCAUUCCUCUCACAGUCUGAGAGGUUUAGCCCCGUCAAAGAAGUGUCGCCCCCUGUUGGUUCAUAUAAUGACCCGCGCUGCGCACUGGAGCUGCUGAAGAGGACCACAGGAGUGAAGAAAAGCCCAUUUGGCAGCACUUCAGUGAGGUUUUCUCCUAACCACAAAAAAGCCUCCCUCCCAGGGCCGGGCUCCUACAACGUGUUUGAGUUGGGUUUGGCCCAGGAGAGUUUCAAAAGGGCGUUUUUAGACCAGACCAGGAAGGGAGGAUUCGGCUCGUCGGCUCAGCGCAACUUUGUUUUCCAAAACAAGGAGGCAGUAGAAAUACCGAGUCCAGGACAGUAUGAGACAGAAAAGAAGAUAGAGGAGAGCUACAAGCAGCAGAACACUGCAGUCUUCAAAUCGGCCACAGAGCGUCUGGUGUCGUCUCUGCUAGCCAAAGUAAGUCUCUCUUCUCUUCUCAGUCGACAAAGAGCUGUAGGUUUCUCUACCAAGACGUUGGUUCUAGAAUACAGUGGUGGCACUGCCAUCAGAGACUCCCCUGCGCCCAACACUUACAACGUGCGUGAGACACUGGAGAGGGUUAAUGCUCGUCCCUAUGUGGAGCCCCGAAGUGAAGGAGCCAAGAAACGACACAGCUGUUUCCUCUCCGCUGCCCCACGAGAUCCGGUCUUCCGAGAGCGUGACCCCGAUGUGCCAGGACCAGGACAGUAUAACCCCAUUGUAAAAUCCCCCGCAAAGAAGGCUCUCAUUCCCUCUGGAGAAGAUCGAUUCAAAGUCUCUACAAACGCCAACCCUGGACCGGGCACCUAUCAGCUGAGCGCAGGUUUGAUGAACACGGUGUUGAAAGGCACCUUCAACGUGACUCUCAACAACCCGCUGAGUCCCUGCUGCGGCCCGCAUGCCGCCCACGGGCCUUCAGCAGCUCACAGGACCAUUAACGCCGUCGCACCCAAAACUCCCAUCGCCCCGAGCACUUCUUAGAGCUCUCUGCGGGUCAAA